CCCAGGGGUCUGGGGAGGCGACAUGGUGGGCUUUGGGAUCCCAGCUUUGGGCUUGGGCCUGCUCCUGCUGCUGCAGGGCUCAGUAGAUGGGAAUGGAAUCCAGGGAUUCUUCUAUCCAUGGAGUUGUGAGGGUGAUGUGUGGGAUCGGGAGAGCUGUGGCGGUCAGGCGGCAAUUGAGAACCCCAACCUCUGCCUGCGCCUGCGAUGCUGCUAUCGGGAUGGGGUCUGCUACCACCAGCGUCCAGAUGAAAAUAUGCGGAGGAAGCACAUGUGGGCCCUCGGCUGGACGUGCGGUGGCCUCCUUUUCCUGAUCUGCAGCAUCUGCUUGUUCUGGUGGGCCAAGCGCCAGGACUUGCUGCACAUGCCGCGGUUCUUGGCGGGUAAAUGUGAUCUGUCGAGGACAGUUUCGCUGCUCUCCAAGGACCGAGCGGCGAGUGAAAAGAAGACAGCAUCCGUGGCCAGCAUGCCAGCUUCUCAGGCUACAGAGACCCAAGAGACUGCAGGGGGCGGUGAAGGGGAAGCAACAGAAGGGGCCGAGACGGAGGAAGAAGAAGAUUAG